CGGACAGCGCCUUCCGCUCGGUCUCUCUAAACUACGCUUGCAGCCAAUAUUGAGUCUCCCUGCACUGGAGCGUCCCCUGUAGAGAGAGACUCUCCGCCCCAGCUGGACUGUGCGGAUGACAAGAACACUGACCUUGUUCACGGCUCUCAGUGGGGCUCUCAUCUGUCCACAAGAGCGGCAUCGGAGCGCAGCUGUUCUUAUAGGGAGCUGCUGCAGCAGAGUGGUUAAGGGGGCUGAUUCCGCACACAUUGGAUAAUGCACUUUCAGUGCACUUUAUCAAUCAGUUGAGGUGGAUUUUUUGUUCCGCACACACAAAAAAUCCGCUCACAUACGAGAACUGCCCGCCGGCCCGGACCCGCCUGCAGCAGCCGAGCGAGGCAGGGCAGGGGGACCCUCCGCAGGACCCCCGACGAGCCGCCGCUUUCUCUUGCAGGGCCCGCCCGGCGGCGAAGGGGGCGCGUCCCGCUGCUGGCCCUGCUGGGCUCCUGCCUCUUCCUGGGGGCCACCUGCCUGGCACUCGGCGUCGGAUGUAAGUCCCCAGCCCUGGGUGAACCGAAUAGCCCGCCCUAACCGAUCGGCUCGAGGCGAGUUGCCUUGUGCUGCUUCUCGAGAGCAGAGAGCCUGCCGGUACUGUACCCCCUCCCCCGUCGGGGCCUUCACUCCUCUGCAGACGGGCAGGUCUCCGGGGAGCUGCAGCGGGCAUCCCAGAGGCACGUGGCGGAGAGCGGCGCCCUGGGGCAGAGAAUCGGCAGCCGGGAGGAGGAGCUGGAGCGGUCCUUGGGGCAGCUCGACCAGGCCCGGGCCGAGCUCAGCACCACCCGGCUGGCCCUCUGGGAGAGUUGGCGGGCGGGCAACGGCACUCAGCGGCAGCUGGAGCAGGAGCGGAGGUGGGCCCGGAGCAACAUGACUGUCCUGCAGCGGGACAAGGAGGAGGCCACCCGGCAGCUGGUGGAGGCCACAUCAUGCCAGCGGAUUGGCUGCUGUCCCAACGGAUGGACGCUCUUCCGAUGGAAGUGCUUGUGGGUGUCAAAUGAAUGGAAGGCUUGGGAAGACAGCAAGCGGGACUGUGAAAGGCAAUCCUCUCAGCUGCUGAUUUUAAAGCCCUGGGAUGCUGGCACCUUGGGGGACGCUGCAGGGAUAACGAGUCUUCUGCAGUCCAAUGAAUUCUGGAUUGGGCUCAAGGGAACAUAUAACUGGUUUUGGUAUUGGGUCGACGGCUCCCUCUAUGCAGGCACUCAGAAACCUGAAGGUGAUGGUGAAUGUUUAAAAAUUAGCCAAAGAACUACAAAACGAGAGCGCUGUUCCAUGCAUCUGAGAUAUGUUUGUGAGAAGGCAGCCUCUUCCUGGCCAAUAGACUGAAAGGCAUGAGGUGCCCAUGUAAGUCCAAAGGCCAGAAGCAAAAGUCCGCUUUUGAAUGACCAGAGAGGGCUUCUCUUAGCACCGCAGUCCCCUCGGGCUUCAUAACACAGUCCCAGGUGAUGACUGGGGCUGGGGGGGCACCUGAAGCAGCCAGAACUGAAGCAGGGCUGAGAACACACACAGAGCCCUGCUGGACUGGAUCUGCAUUCCAGAGGCCAAGCAGUUGCCCUGGAGGGCCAACACGCGGGGCAUGGAGGCUAAGGCCCUUCCUUCAUGUGGCCUCCGAGCACCGAGUGGCAUAAUUUGCUGCCUCUGUAAGCAGACCAGGCUUGCCGUUUGCCUGUCCACAGUGGCAGCUUGUUAUUUUCAUUGCAUUUUGCUCUGUGCCUUGAGCGUGGUUCCUGCCCUGC